UUUUGUGAUUUGUGGUCAGGAAGCUUGAUGAAGCCCAAAUGCUGUACACAUAAUGCUGAUUUGAUUUUAUGGGAACUAAGUGGUUUCAAAAGAAAGAACUUUCAUGUACAAUGAUUAUUAUGGAGAACUAUUAUUGAAGAGAGAUCCAUUUGUUGGCAUGUAAUAAAAGAAGAAUGAAUCAAGAUAAAACCUCUAAAUGCAAGUACCAGAAAAAUUGCAACACAUCGCAGUAAAUUUGCAAGUGGAUUGUCUUUCCUGUGGGUUGGCAGGCAGUUGUAGGACUGCAAAAUGGGUCUCCGGAUUCACUUUGUUGUUGACCCACAUGGUUGGUGCUGCAUGGGUUUGAUUGUCUUUGUCUGGUUAUACAAUAUUGUUAUAAUUCCCAAAAUUGUCCUCUUUCCUCACUAUGAAGAAGGACAUAUUCCAGGCAUAUUAAUAAUAAUAUUCUAUGGCAUUGCCAUAUUUUGUCUGGUGGCCUUAGUAAGGGCCUCAAUAACUGAUCCAGGAAGACUCCCUGAAAACCCUAAGAUCCCACAUGGAGAAAGGGAGUUCUGGGAAUUAUGUAACAAGUGUAAUUUGAUGAGACCAAAGCGUUCCCACCACUGCAGCCGCUGCGGCCACUGUGUUAGGAGAAUGGAUCAUCACUGUCCAUGGAUUAACAAUUGUGUUGGUGAAGAUAAUCAUUGGCUUUUUCUGCAAUUGUGUUUCUACACUGAACUUCUUACUUGCUAUGCACUGAUGUUUUCUUUCUGCCACUAUUAUUACUUUCUUCCAUUAAAAAAGCGUAACUUGGACCUCUUUAUUGUUAGACAUGAAUUGGCCAUAAUGAGACUAGCUGCCUUUAUGGGCAUUACUAUGUUAGUUGGAAUAACUGGACUCUUUUAUACUCAACUAAUUGGCAUCAUCACAGAUACAACAUCUAUUGAAAAGAUGUCAAACUGUUGUGAAGAAAUAUCGAGGCCCCGAAAGCCAUGGCAGCAGACCUUCUCAGAAGUUUUUGGCACUCGUUGGAAGAUCCUGUGGUUUAUUCCUUUCAGGCAGAGGCAACCACUGCGAGUUCCCUACCACUUUGCCAAUCACGUCUAAACAGAUGGAUGGUGGGCACAGAUGGGUCCUCCAUGCUGGAAAUGCGUUACAGGUUUUCUGAUAAUAGAACGAUGACAGUCUUCAAGUCAAUUAAAAUCCACCCACCAAUCUUAGGCAUCAUAAUGUGCCCCAGGCUUCAUUUUAAUAGUGAUCUUGAUCCUGUUGUGGGACUAACACAAGAUCUAUAUUUAAGUUUCAAAGCAUGUUUACUUUCAAAUUAGCUUUCCACGGGGAUUUCUUAAAGUGCUUUUGUUAUUAAACUCAAAAGGCAGUGAUUGGGAUGAAAUAAUUGUACAUAAUUUCUUUUAGCACUGACAAUAUUACAGAUUUUAAUUUAUGGGAAUUUUCAGAUGUUUAUUUAAAAUUUUCACUCUUGAGCAGUACUAAUCAAAUCUGAAUUUAAUUCUUCAGCUUUUACAAAAGGUUUUACACCUUAUAUGUGAAAUUUCUUUUUCAAGUACAGUUUAAAAUAUGUUAAUACUUUUAUAUAUGCUGCAAGAUUUUUUUAAAAUGCAGCAUAGGAUUGAACAACAAAAAAAGGGCAGUGUUUUCUUAGUAGCUUUCUAAUGUUUUCUCUUCACCAAAAACAAAAUACCACUAAAAUAAAGCACCAACUAUCUACCUUAUGUUAAAGGAAAGAUUAAAUGUUUUUCCAUGUUAAUUUUUCUGUUUCUUUUCCCUGUACUGUUGUAAGUAUUGAUUGUUGUUAAUAUAUUUGUUCCGAGGAGAAAACUUUGACUAAGUGGGCAUGUAUUCCUAUUUUACCUUAAGAUUUUGGUGAGCAAAUGGAUAGAGAAUUUGCAGUGAUUCCACAGAUAUCUUUUCUAGUGCAGUUAUACCAGAAUGUGUGUUUUUAAAAUGCUAAUAUAACUCAAAAAUAUAUAAUGUACAGUAUAAAGAGGAAUAUUGUGCUUUUGAAAAAUAUAUAUACUUUUUGCUUUUAUUUACCUACUAGUAGAUCUAAAAUUACACAAUGAAGAUUUAUAUAUAAUAAAUAUUGGCCAACUAUUCCUGAAACAAAACUAUAGGAAAUUACUAGUAAAAGUAAAUAACUUUUUUAUACCUACAAUCAAUCAGCCAAAUUGAAUUUAAAUUUUAAUGGGCCAACUAUAAUUUGGAUUGAGAGACCUUUUUUUGUAGCUAAUGUUAGGAAAUAGCCUUAAAAUAAGAAAAUAUAAUGAUCUACAUUUAUCAUUAGCCUUACACAAAUUUAAAUUGCUAACAGUGAUGGUCUCUUAGAAAGCAUAGAACAUUUGUAUAAAAAGAACAUUAGCAUACUUAGAAAAAAAUUCAGCUUUAACAUUUUCUCCAUUAGAAUACUGCAAAAUCCAUAUAUCUUUUUUGAAAAUUUAUGUACUCACAGUCUUUCUCUUGAAUCUUAGAGAAGAUUGAAGGGGUCUACUGUUCUUGGAACAUAUCAGUAGUUUCCUUUUACUUAGCUUUGAUAGUAGGGAAUCAUACCUGGGAAAUCAUGAAACAGAAAGUUGCCAUAUCAGCCAGUUAACUAUACUGUGGUUAGUUCUUUCAGAAACUAUCUUCUAAAAUAAUAGAAUUAGCUGUUCUCAGAAAUAUAAGUGCCAUGUCUUACAUGUUCUGAUUAUAAUGCUUUAUUAUUUAAAAGUAUAGAAGUGGCAGAUGAAAAUAUGUAUUGGUGCUGAUAAAAUGCAUAGUAAAUUUAAUAUGAGAAAUUUAUUUGUAGAGCUUAAUGAACCACAAAAUUAAUAUGUUCAUGUCAUGGAAAUGGGUUGGGGUUUGUGCAAGCUAACAUAUUGACCAAAUUUGGCCUGAUGGGGGAACUGUUUUAAGGAAGUAAUAUAUAGAUAAUACAGAUAGAUAUCAAUUGAUUGCUCUGCCUAUAACUGGACCUUGAGAAAACAGUGAAGUGUGAAGUGAAGAUCCCUUAAAGAGCGUUAUAUUCCUUAAAGGCACAGUUACACUUCAUAUAGGAGUACUAAUUACCUUGAAAGGUACUUGGGAGGUAUUCAGAGCCAACUGCUGCCUCAGUAAUGAGAACCAGAGGUGGUCCCUUUCCCACUCUAAGAGGGUUUUGUUUUUCUUAGAUUUACCAUUUCUAGGGCACAUUCUCUUUCCUCUUUAUACCCUCACUGAUCCAAUCCCUCUGUACCUGAUUCCCCUGGUACUGGAAUACAGACUAACACACUAGGCAAGGCAGAUAUUUAUUUUAUUUGAAUGGUAGAAAUGCUACGUAUCAAUAUAUUUAUAUAAGAUUCUAUAUUAAUGAAUAUCUAUAUAUACAUGUGCUUUAAUUUUCAGUAUUCUCAAAUUAGCAGGCCUAACUGUGGGUUUAGUCCUUGUUAGACAACUUGAGAAAAACCAGCGGGUAGUUUCCUAGGGAGUGCCUGAACUCUAGUGCUCUCUCUGCGCCCUCUUUUGGCUAAUUGGUGUAAUUAUACUGGCUCUAGAGACUUACUGGCCCACAAGUAAAUUGUAUGGCCAAAUUCUGAACCUGUCAGAGGUACAAGCUUAGGGGAGUGUAUAUGCAAGGCUGUUAUAUUUUAUGAAAAUUAAUGUGUUCCUGUUUAUGAUGACACAUAUAGUUCAUACAAAAUGAUGACUAGUUUGCUUCAUUUGUGUAUGUUAAUAUAUAUAUUUGCUGUCAUUUACAAGUUUAUAUCAGAUUAGGAUAAACAAAUGUAAACAUUUCAUGAAUUUUUAUUUUAAACCUUAUUUUGGAAAAUUAAGUCUUUAGAAUUAGAAAAGUCAUUACUUUAAAAUUACCAAUUUAUUAGGAAACACAGAAAUCUAUUGUUACAGUGGUAAGCAAGUAUCUAAUGUGUUUUACUGAGUAUCUAAAAAAUACAUUUAGUGUUGUUUUUAAUCUCAGUUUUGGAAUGAUUUUUUUUUUUCUGAUUCUGUUACACUAAAAUAAUGAGAUUAGUAAUUCUUUUUAAACUUUCCUACUCAGAGUUAUUGGAUGAAGUGGUUCCUUAUAAACAUUACAUUUGAAGCAAUAUGUAUUUUAAAGGCUAUUUUACUAAGCAAAGUCCUUAAUUGGACUUCUGGAGAUGAGUUUUACGUAGAUAUUAUAUAUUAUACCUCUUGAACAAUUAUAUUUGUUGUUGUUCUUUUCCUUAAACAAAAAAUCUUUAUGGGCUGAAGAUUGUAAGCAGAAAUUGACUGAGUUCAUAUUCCCCAAACAGUAGGCAUUCAGUUAAAGUGCUUUUGGUACUUUGUAACCAAGACUUACAGUUUAAAAAUACUAAGUUAAUUGUUCCAUUAUAAAAAAAAAUACUAUUUUGCUUAAGAGUUGUAUUAAAAAUAUUUGUGGUUAACAUGAGAUAGCUAUAUGUAAAUUUCUAGUUUAUGUAUUAAUCUCUUUAACAGAAGAAAACAGUUUACUUUUAAUAGUAAUAGUGGUAGAGAACAUAAGCUACAUAACAUUCAGUAAAAUGAUGAAGUUAAAACUUCUGUGAGAAUGAACAUCAGUAAAUUUUUGCUAAUGUUUAGAGGUAUUUUUCUCUAAGUAUGGUAGCUAAUUAUAACUAUACUUCAUCAGGCUUUUUCAAGACACUUCUGUACAAGCAAUUAGUUGAAGAUAUGUUUCAACCAAAAGGGCUUAUUAAUUCUGAAAGCUAACUAUGAAGACUUAAGUUAGGACAACACUUCCAGCCAGGAAGUGUGAAGUAAUUUAGAUUAUGGCCACACAGUCUUUUAUGUGUUAGGUCAUGGGGCAGUUUGAGUGUUCUCACAUGAAUUGCUAUAAAAUCACAAUGUGUCCAGCCCUGGUUUACAAUGGCAUUAAUAUUAACAAAGCUGCUAGUCUCUCUCUAUAUUUUUCUCUAGUCUCCAAUGGCUUCCCUUAUGCUUCAUGGAGAAAUAGAUCACCUAGCUCAAGUUUACUAUACUUUAGCUGCUUCAUUCAAUAAGUUUUUUACAUGACUUCUAAUAUACAUAGAUCUACCUAGAAUUUAUUUGGUGAAGUUUAUACUUAACAAUCAUUAAAUAAUUUACUAAUAGAUACAGGGAUUGGAUUUUUUACCCAAUUCUGUUGCUUUAAAAAAUAUAAGUAUUAGCAAAUGUAGUUAAUAAUCAUGUACAUUUAGUAGGUUCUACUUGUUAGUUUUUUUUAUUUACUCAGUAUUUAUUGUUUUUACCACUUCUAGAAAUUAUGCUAAGCCUUGAGAAUAUAAAAAUAUACAAAAUAUCCCUGCCUAUAUGGAGAUUACAGUUUACAUACUUUAUGAUAUUAUAGAAGUCAGUUUUUAAAAAGGUGUUAUAAUUAGAAUGUUAAUGUAGUUAUAAUAUUACCCCUUAUAUAAUUAAAGAGUUGGAAAGUAUCAAGAAAAGCAAGAAAUUAGUAUCUUAAACCAGAGGAAAUAUUAAGGAUGAUUUUCAAAAACAUAAUUCUGAAAAUAAAGUAGCACUGAAAAGCUAUCAAAGAUGGCAUUAAAAAUUUCCCCUAUAGACAUUUUUCAUUAAAAAACUUUAGGCAAAAUGUGUUUUUACCUAGUAUUGGCUGGAUUUUUGGCCAUUCUCUCUGUACUUCCAGUGCAGACUGCAGCUUAGCACACA